AUGCAUGUUUAUGAGAUCAAUAGUACUAAUAAAUAGUAUUCAAAGACAAAUCAAAUUGAUGUGAAAAGCGAUUCUAAUGGCUGUGACUAUUUCUUUCCUUAAUAAUAUAUCAAAUCUAAAUGUCUACUUGUGAAUAAGAAUGGAAAAAAUGUUAAUUUAAUAAGGAAAAAUCAAAAUGGUCAUUUUAUCACGUAAUAGUCUCUUCAAUUUGGGCAUAAUUAAUUAUAUGGAUCGAUGAGUGAAAAUGGACAGUAUUUGAUGACUUGGGAUCAAAAUUCUAAAGAAAUUCAAAUCAGGAAAUAUUAGUAAUUAUGA